UUGUAUAGUAAUUGUGUUCGACAUAUACAUACAUUUAUUUUAAACAGAUUUCAAAAUGAUCUUUUCUAAUCGUUUUUACUCAGGUAUCCCGGGGACAUUAGGAAAUAGCACACUACGUUUGUGUCUAUUUAAAAAAAUAUUUUUAGGCUAUGGUGGAGGGAGCAGUGACUAUAGCUGUGUUCGAUGUAAACAUAGCUGGCAACUCGACGGCGAAUGUCAUGUCAUAUUUACAAGAUGGGGUGACGUUCGAUAAUGUUUCUGGAAUGGCAGAUAUAUUUAUGAUAACUUGAAUGUUCUGACUUCUGUUGCUCUCUGUGUUCUUUACAUCGACAACACCAGUUUAAUUUAACGUUAGUUAGCCAGCUAGCUUGAUCUUCCUACAUCCUGGCCAUCUGAUCUGUCUAGCUAUGGAAUCUAGCUACCGUUAUCCAUCUCUAAUCAGCUAUAUUUCAGAUGAUUUAGAUUAACUUUUGUAUUUGUUGUCGUUUUGCCGUAUUGUUGUUUGUAUCAGAUGCAAGGCUAGCUAGCCAGAGUCACUGAUUGCUUGUUAGCAAGUUAAAAUCUCUGGUCGAUUGCGUUGUUCCUGCACCACAACUAGCAUGGUCCCUGCUAAGGUGACUCACACCUCAGAAGUCCCCUCUGGCCCCAAAUCAGAGUAGGUCAGAGCCCGAUACUUUUUUGGGGCCAAGCCUCAGAGGUGGGAACAUAAAAAGCACCUGUCUAAAACCUGCAAUGGAAAAGGCCUAUUUAAUUCUUUACUCCCAUGAAUGGAGUCAGUUAGCUAACUAAUUGAAUUGUUAUAUCUUCUUUUACAUAGUACACCAAAGCCAUGUUGACUUACUGUCAUUCUGCAACAGAUGCAGCCUGACACAGAUGCCAUGGCCCCUCUCACCCUGGGGGACUUGGACUUGACCACAGACAAGUUCAUCUUGGAUGAAGUGGAUGGGUGUUGACCUCAGGCAUUACUCUAAACAGGUGGAAGGUGAACUCCAACGAAUUGAACAAGCUUCCAUCAAAGACUAUAUCAAGGAAAGCCAGAACAUUGCCUCUCUGCACAACCAGAUCACAGCCUGUGACUCCAUACUGGAGCGAAUGGAGGGCAUGCUGAGUGGCUUCCAGAGUGACCUCUCGUCCAUCAGCAGUGAGAUCCAGACUCUGCAGCAGCAGUCGGUCAGCAUGAGCGUGCGGCUGAAGAACAGGCAGGCCGUACACAGCCACCUCAGCCAACUGGUGGAUGAGCUGGUGGUGCCCUGAGCUAUGAUCCAGUAAGGGGUAAUCGUGGAUAACCCGGUUAUGGAGCAGGAGUUCCUUGAGCAGCUCCAUGAGCUCAACAACAAGAUCAAUUUUGCCAAAGAGCUCAGCUUCAGGGAGACUUUGUCCUGCUCUGACAUCCAGGACAUCGUGGACCACCUCAAAAUCAAGGCUGUCACAAAGAUCAGAGAAUUUAUCCUGCAGAAGAUUGAUUCCUUCAGAAAGCCCAUGACCAACUAUCAAAUCCCCCAGAACACUCUCUUUAAGUACAGGUUUUUCUAUCAGUUCCUCUUGGCAAAUGAAAGGACAGUAGCUAAGGAGAUCAGGGAUGUGUACGUGGACACCAUGAGUAAGAUCUAUUACAGCUACUUCAAGUCCUACAGCGGCAGGCUGCUCAAAGUACAGUAUGAGGAGGUGGCAGACAAAGAUGACCUGAUGGGAGUGGAAGACACGGCCAAGAAAGGUUUCUUCUCCAAGCCCUCCCUGAAGAGCAGGAACACCAUCUUCACCCUGGGCCAGCGGGGGGCCGUGCUGAGCCCUGCCGAGCUGGAGGGGCCCAUCCUUAUCCCCCACACUGCCCAGAGAGGGGACUGCAGGUAUCCCUAUGAGACGCUGUUCCGCAGUCAGCACUACGCCCUCUUGGACAAUGGCUGUCGAGAGUUCCUCUUCCUGUCUGACUUCUUCAUGGUGGCUGGAAACUCUGCGCUGGACCUCUUCAACAGCGUCAUGGGAAAGACACUCAGCUUGUUCCUGAAGAGCAUGUCCACCUAUGUAUCGGAUUGCUACGACAGCAUCGCUGUGUUUCUGUGUAUCCACAUCAUCCUGCGUUUCAGAGCCAUCACAACCAAGAGGGCCAUCCCAGCCCUGGACAAGUACUGGGAGGCGGUGCUGGAGCUGCUGUGGCCCAGGUUUGAGCUCAUCCUGGAGAUGAACAUUCAGAGCAUCCGCAACACGGACCCCCAGAAACUGGGCGUGUUGGACACCAGACCACACUAUAUCACACGUAGAUACGAAGAGUUCUCUUCUGCCAUCGUUAGCAUUAACCAGACAUUCACCAGCGAGCGAACCCACACCCUCCUUGGCCAACUGCAGGUUGAAGUGGAGAACUUUGUCCUGAAGAUGGCUGCAGAGUUCCCUUCACGCAGGGACCAGCUCAUCUUCCUCAUCAACAACUACGACAUGAUGCUCAAUGUCCUCAUGGAGAGGGCAGCCGAUGACAGUAAAGAGGUUGAGGGCUUCCAGCAGCUCCUCCAGGCCAGGAGCCAGGAGUUUAUUGAGGAGAUUCUGUCCUCCCCCUUUGGUGGCAUGAUAGCGUUUGUGAAGGCGAGCGAGGCGUUGAUAGAGAAAGGCCAGCUGGAUAGACUGAAGAAUGAUGAAGCCCAAAUCACCCAGCUAAUCAGGGGGUUUUCCAGCACAUGGAAACAGUCUGUGGAAGCUCUGAGUCAGGAUGUCAUGAGAUCCUUCACCAACUUCAAGAACGGCACUGGUAUCAUUCAGGGGGCACUCACCCAGCUCAUCCAGUACUACCAUGGCUUCCACAAGGUGCUGUCCCAGCCCACCUUCCGCAGCCUGGCCGUGCGCUCGGAGCUCAUCAACCUGCACCACCUCAUGGUCGAGGUCAAGAAACACAAGCCCAACUUCUAACUGGACACUUCCAAGGGUAGAGACUGGGGAUGUGAUGGAUUAAAUGAAGAUGCUCAAAAUCAGACAUGGCCUGAUUGGAAACAAGUAGAAGAGUAUAUCCCUUUGCUUGUGACAUCGCUCCACUGAUUAAGGACAGUGUAUUGCACGUGGGAUCCUGUUGUUUGUGAUUUGACAUUGUAUCAAUGUCAAUAGGUAAGGCCUUGUGUGAAAGUGCUACUUUUUUUUCAUGGGUGCUGGGUUCUUUGCUUUCAGGGAGGGGAUAGGGGGAUGAAGAGACAGAAAUGGGAUAUGGGAAGGUUCAGUGGUUAUAUGGAUUGACAGGAGAGAUCACAGAAAUCAAAGGCUGUAAGAAGAAAUAUAGUAGAUGGUCUUUUCCAGACAGGGCUGCACAACUCAGUCCCUCAAGUUGGUGCUGGUAUUCAUUUCUCCCUAGCACAUAACUGAUCAAUUACUUUCCCAGGUAGAAUCCAGUCUUUGGAUUCACAGUCUCACCCACAGUCUUAUGAUUGUGAGAGGGAGGAGCAAGAGGUAGAGGUAUCAUUGAAGUUCAGUGUGAAAAGGAAAAGAGUGGUAUCUCCCAGGCCCUUGUUCUGUGUUCUCAUACAUGUACACUGAACAAAAAUAUAAACGCUACAUGUAAAGUGUUGGUCCCAAGUUUCAUGAGCUGAAAUAAAAAAAAUCUAUUAAUUUACCAUACGCACAAAACGCUUUUUUCUCAAAUGUUGUGCUCAAAUUUACUUGUAUCCCUGUUAGUGAGUAUUUCUCCUUUGCCAAGAAGCUGAAUAAACAGCAUGAUCCUUACACAGGUGUGUGCACCUUGUGAUGGGACAAUCAAAGGCUGCACUAAAAUGUGCAGUUGUCACAACACAAUGCCACAGAUGUCUCAAGUUUUGCAGGAGCGUGCAAUGGGCAUACUGACUGUAGGAAUAUCCACCAGAGCUGUUGCCAGAGAAUUUAAUGUUAAUUUCUCUACCAUAAGCCGCCUCCAAAGUUGUUUUCGAGAAUUUGGCAGAACGUCCAACGAGCCUCAACUGCAGACCGCUUGUAUGGCGUUGUGUGGGUGAGCAGUUUGCUGUUGUCAGCUUUGUGAACAGAGUGCCCCAUGGUGGCUGUGGGGUUAUAGUAUGGGCAGGCAUUAGCUAUGGACAACAAACACAAUUGCAUUUUAUCGAUGGCAAUUUGAAUGCACAGAGAUACCGUGAUGAGAUCCUGAGGUCCACUGUCAUGCCAGUGGACCUCAGCAUUCUCACCAGACAUGUCACCCAUUGAGCAUGUUUUGGAUGCUCUGGAUUGAUGUAUACGACAGCUUGUUCCAGUUACCGCCAAUAUCCAGCAACUUCGC